AUGUUCAGUGGCCUACAUCAUAGCGUUUCGCAAGGCGAUGCGAGAGCAGCCGGGCUGAAUGUGGAAGUUACGGAUUUGUUGGCGAAAGAUAACGGAUUGAUAACACCAGUGGGCUGUUUGAGUGAGCUGCAAUCCCUCGUCCUGAACCUCAACUCUUUCUUCAGACAGGAAUCGGAACGUUUGAGUGAUGAAGAUCUCUGUAAAAUGCUCAUGGAUUGUAGAAAAGGUAGUUCAAAGCUGGCCCGCCUCAAAACAUUCCCGGUGACGUUCAAAUUGGAAUUAUCCGGUAGUUGCGAUGAAUCAUUGAUGAGGUACUUAUUUCAUUUAUUGAUAGAUUCAGGUGGCUUUAAAAAAAGUUGCUGUCCUAUUAAUGCACGAGGGCUAAUUAAUGCCGAAGAGCGCAUUGUGAAUUUCAUAGUUUUCUACCAAAAAACUGUCGCUUUUGAACAAAACUUUUCGAAAUUUUGCUAA